AUCGCCUCCUUGUCUCUGGGCUCGUCCUCGAUCCACCCGAUGGAGCGCAAGCUUGCAGCCGCUGCGACUGCAGGCUUUGACAGCGUCGAGAUCUUCGACCAGGACUGGGAUGCGUGGAAAAACAGCUACGCCUCUGAUCUAGGCCUCGCUGAGUCCGCACACGGCGGGCAAGCUAUCGACAUCGCUGCGGCCAAAUCGUUGAGAGCUCUUGCCGCUUCCUACGGGUUGCGCAUCAGCUGCUGGCAACCUCUGCGACAGUUCGAGGGGUGGGCCAACCCUGCCAAGCGUGAGGCUUCCCGAAAGCAUGCGGCCGGUGUGCUGUCCCUCCUCCCUCACCUUGGCACGGACCUCUUGCUCGUAUGCUCCACAACCGCCCUCGCUCCCCACUCCACAUCUGACUUCGCCACCGCGGUAGAGGAUCUCGCAUGGCUUGCGGAUCAGGGUGCUCGCUACGAUCCACCCAUCCGAGUCAUGUAUGAGGGCCUGAGUUUUGGCACACACCGCCGCAGGUGGCAAGAUGUGUGGGCUGUUGUACGCGCAGCCAGCCGCCCGAACCUUGGCAUCUGCCUCGAUUCUUUCAAUACGCUCGCCCUCGAGUGGGCUGACCCAUACGCCGCCGAUGGACGCCGUGCCGCGACCGGCUCAGUCGACGUUGAUGCUGCUCUCGAGGCCAACAUGAAGGAGCUCGUGGCCACUGUGCCGGGGGACAAAAUCUUCCUCGUCCAGGUCGCCGACGGGCAGUUUAUGAACGGCACUCUCUCGCCUCCAACCGACCCAAGCGUACCUCGACUACUUCCUUGGUCGCGUGGGCAUCGCCUGUUUCCUCUCGAGGAGACGCGUGGUGCGUACCUCCCUGUGAUUCAGUUCUGCCGGGCAGUCAUGCGCACCGGAUAUACUGGUCCGUGGAGCCUCGAGGUGUUUAACACCACCCUGUCGUCCGUGAGGCCAGAGACCUGCCUUGAACAUGCCAAGCGGGGUUACACUGGUCUUAAGCGCAUCGUGGAGAUCCUC